UGUCAAACUGUCAAGUCAACUGUUAAAAGCAUGUUGCACACAUGAACACAAAUAAUUUGAAGAUAUUUAAUUAUUUUGCAAGUAAAUAGUGAUAUAACACAAAUAUAACCUUUAAAGUAUCUUCUACACUCAAUACAUCAAAAUGGCUCGUGGAAAAGAUAAGAAAAAGCGUAAGUUGGAGAAGAAGCAGGAAGGUGACGAUGUACCUAAGAAGAUCCCUCACACGUUGGAAUCUCUGCGCGAGAAAGAUGAAACGAUGCUCGCUAAUGUUGAUGAAGAAGAGAAAUUGGAGGCUCAAAAGGAUAUGGAAUUGGAUGAAUUGUCAUCAUAUUAUGAAAAUUCAUAUGAGCCAAAAGUACUGAUUACAUACUCAGAUAACCCACACAACAAAACUAGGAUAUUUGGCAAAGAAUUGUGUAGAAUUAUACCUAACUCCAUAUCUAGGUAUAGGCAAAGAUCUUCAGUCAAGCGAAUAGUCCAGUCAGCAAUCCGGGAGAGUGUGACAGAUGUGAUAAUAGUGAAUGAAAAUCAGAAGCAGCCCAAUGGCUUCCUGCUGAUCCAUCUGCCCAAUGGACCAACUGCUCACUUUAGACUGUCCAGCUGCAAGAUCACACCUGAGCUUAGAAAAGAUUAUAAAGAAAUUACAACACAUAGACCUGAGGUGAUUCUGAACAACUUCAGCACACGGCUAGGUCUGACAGUGGGUCGCAUGCUGGGCGCACUCUUCCACUACGAGCCCCAGUUCCGCGGCCGCCGCGCCGUCACCUUCCACAAUCAACGAGACUACAUAUUCUUCAGACACCAUAGGUACGAGUUCACUUCGGACGGCAGACGGGCAAAAUUGCGCGAAUUAGGACCUCGCUUCACAUUGAAGCUGAUCUCCCUGCAGCAAGGAACCUUUGACUCCAAGCGUGGCGACUACGAAUGGAUCAUUGCCGGCAGGCGACACCAAAUGGAAACUUCCAGAAGAAAGUUCUUCUUAUAAUAAUUUUAUUUUAUGUGUAAAACGAAUAAAGUAUUUU